AUGGUUUGGUGCUUCAGUCUGGCCAUCCUCAGCCUGAUCAUCAGCCAAGGGGCUGACGGUCGAGGGAAGCCUGAGGCAUCGGUGGUGGGCCGGGCUGGGGAGACUGCUGUGCUGGGCUGUGACCUGCUGCCCCCGCCUGGCCGGCCCCCCCUGCAUGUCAUCGAGUGGCUGCGCUUUGGAUUCCUGCUUCCCAUCUUCAUCCAGUUCGGCCUCUACUCUCCCCGAAUCGACCCUGAUUACGUGGGACGAGUCCGGCUGCAGAAGGGGGCAUCUCUCCAGAUUGAGCGGCUCCGGGUGGAAGACCAGGGCUGGUACGAGUGCCGCGUUCUCUUCCUGGACCAGCACAACCCUGAAGAUGAUUUUGCUAACGGCUCCUGGGUGCACCUGACAGUCAAUUCACCCCCUCAAUUCCAGGAGACGCCUCCCCCAGUGCUGGAAGUACAGGAACUGGAGCCUGUGACCCUGCGUUGUGUUGCCCAUGGCAGCCCCCAGCCUCAUGUGACUUGGAGGCUUCGAGGGCAGGACCUUGGGCAGGCCCAGAGCCAGGGUCAGCUGCAAAAUGGGACGCUGUGGAUUCGGCGGGUGGAGCGAGGCAGCUCUGGGGUCUACACCUGCCAAGCCUCCAGUACCGAGGGCAGCACCACCCACGCCACCCAGCUGCUGGUGCUAGGACCCCCAGUUAUUGUGGUGCCCCCCAAGAACAGCACAGUCAAUGCCUCCCAGGAUGUUUCUUUGGCCUGCCGGGCUGAGGCAUACCCUGCUAACCUCACCUAUAGCUGGUUCCAGGACAGCAUCAAUGUCUUCCACAUUAGUCGCCUUCAGUCCCGAGUGCGGGUCCUGGUGGAUGGGAGCUUGCGGCUGCAGGCUGCCCAGCCUGAUGAUGCUGGCCGCUACACCUGUGUGCCCAGCAAUGGCCUCCUGCAUCCGCCCUCAGCCUCUGCCUACCUCACUGUGCUCUACCCAGCCCAGGUGACGGUGAUGCCUCCUGAGACACCCCUGCCCGUAGGCAUGCGGGGGGUUAUCCGGUGCCCGGUUCGUGCCAACCCCCCACUGCUCUUUGUCAGCUGGACCAAGGAUGGGAAGGCCCUGCAGCUGAACAAGUUUCCUGGCUGGUCCCAGGGCACAGAAGGCUCACUUAUCAUUGCCCUGGGGAACGAGGAUGCCCUGGGAGAAUAUUCCUGCACCCCCUACAACAGUCUUGGUACUGCCGGGCCCUCCCCCGUGACUCGCGUGCUGCUCAAGGCUCCCCCAGCUUUUACAGAACGACCCAAGGAAGAAUAUUUCCAGGAAGUAGGACGGGAGCUACUCAUCCCCUGCUCUGCCCGAGGAGACCCUCCUCCUAUUGUCUCUUGGGCCAAGGUGGGCCGGGGGCUGCAGGGCCAGGCCCAGGUGGACAGCAACAGCAGCCUCAUCCUACGACCAUUGACCAAGGAGGCCCAUGGCCGUUGGGAGUGCAGUGCCAGCAAUGCCGUAGCCCGAGUGGCCACCUCCACGAAUGUCUACGUGCUGGGCACCAGCCCCCACGUUGUCACCAAUGUGUCUGUGGUGCCUUUGCCUAAGGGUGCCAAUGUCUCCUGGGAGCCUGGCUUUGAUGGUGGCUAUCUGCAGAGAUUCAGUGUCUGGUAUACCCCAUUGGCCAAGCGUCCUGACCGAGCCCAUCAUGACUGGGUGUCUCUGGCAGUGCCGGUGGGGGCUGCUCACCUCCUAGUACCAGGGCUGCAGCCCCACACUCAGUACCAGUUCAGCGUCCUAGCUCAGAACAGGCUGGGGAGUGGGCCGUUCAGUGAGAUCGUUUUGUCUGCCCCUGAAGCGCUUCCUACCACGCCAGCUGCCCCCAGGCUUCCCCCGACAGAGAUGCUGCCUCCCCUGUCCCCUCCCCGAGGUCUGGUGGCAGUGAGGACAUCUCGGGGGGUACUCCUGCAUUGGGAUCCCCCAGAACUGAUCCCUAAGAGACUGGAUGGCUAUGUCCUGGAAGGCCGGCAAGAUUCUCAGGGCUGGGAGGUGCUGGACCAGGCUGUGGCAGGCACGGAAAUGCAGCUGCUGGUGCCAGGCCUCAUCAAGGAUGUUCUCUACGAAUUCCGCCUGGUGGCCUUUGCCGGGAGCUAUGUCAGCGAUCCCAGCAACACGGCCAACGUGUCCACUUCCGGCCUGGAGGUCUACCCGUCGCGCACACAGCUGCCUGGCCUCCUGCCCCAGCCGGUGCUGGCCGGCGUGGUGGGCGGGGUCUGCUUCCUGGGCGUGGCCGUGCUCGUGAGCAUCCUGGCAGCCUGCCUCAUGAACCGGCGCAGGGCUGCGCGCCGCCGGCGCAAACGCCUCCGCCAAGAUCCCCCUCUCAUCUUCUCUCCGCCCAGGAAGUCAGCUCCGCACUCUGCUCCGGGAUCGGGCAGUCCUGACAGCGUGGCGAAGCUCAAGCUCCAGGGUUCCCCAGUUCCCAGCCUGCGCCAAAGUCUGCUCUGGAGGGAGCCUGCCGGAUCCCCCAGCCCCCAUUCGGAUCCUCCACCUAGCCGGGGACCCUUACCCCUGGAGCCGAUUUGCCGGGGCCCAGAUGGGCGCUUUGUGAUGGGACCCACUGUGGCGGUCUCCCAAGAAAGGGCAGGCCCAGAGCGGGCAGAACCUCGGACCUCAGCCCGGCGUCUGGCUCGAUCCUUUGACUGUAGCAGCAGCAGCCCCAGUGGGGCUCCCCAGCCUCUCUGCAUUGCAGACAUUAGCCCUGUGGGGCCCCCUCCACCAGCCCAGCCCAGUCCCCUGCCAGGUCCUGGUCCCCUGCUCCAGUACCUGAGCUUGCCCUUCUUCAGGGAGAUGAAUGUGGAUGGGGACUGGCCCCCUCUUGAGGAGUCUGGCCCUGUUCUAUCCCCAGAUUACAUGGAUACCCGGCCCUGCCCCACCUCAUCUUUCCUUUGCCCCCCAGACUCUCCCCCUGUGCCUCCCAGGGCAGCACUUCCUGGGGCUGUGGUAGGGGCGGGGGCCGCCCCAGAGGCCCCUUACACAGCCCUGGCUGACUGGACACUGAGGGAGCGGCCGCUGCCUGGUCUUUUCCCUGCUGCUCCUCGGGGCAGCCUCACAAGCCAGAGCAGCGGGCGGGGCAGCGCUUCUUUCCUUCGGCCCCCCUCCACAGCCCCCUCUGCAGGAGGCAGCUACCUCAGCCCCCCUCUAGGGGACACCAGCAGCUGGGCCAGUGGCCCUGAGAGGUGGCCCCGAAGGGAGCAUGUGGUGACAGUCAGCAAGAGGAGGAACACAUCUGUGGAUGAGAACUAUGAAUGGGACUCAGAGUUCCCUGGGGACAUGGAAUUGCUCGAGACUUUGCACCUGGGGUUGGCCAGCUCCCGGCUCCGACCUGAAACUGAGCCAGAGCUAGGUGUAAAGACUCCAGAGGAGAGCUGUCUCCUGAACACUGCCUAUGCUCCUGGCCCUGAGGCCCGCUGUGCUGCCCUUCGGGAGGAAUUCCUAGCCUUCCGCCGCCGUCGAGAUGCCACUAGGGCCCGGCUUCCAGCCUAUCGACAGCCAGUCCCCCACCCUGAACAGGCCACUCUGCUGUGA